ACACUCUUGCACGCUGUGGCAGGUCUGGUAGGGAGACCCGUGGCUUCUAGCUCGUCUGUUUCUGAGACUCUGCCCUUCACCCCUUCAGGAACGCUUUAAGGGCAUCAUGACUCAAUAUGAGAAAGAGCUGAUUGCCAAAAUCCAGAUCUCUCAGCUCGUAACCGAUGAUCCCUACACCGACGAUUUUUACUACAAGGUCUUCAGCCUUUUGAACGGCAAAGGCGGUGCUGGAACGCCUGUCAGCAGCACGACCAGCAGUCGUGGCGGUCUGAAUUGGCAGCAAUCGAUGCUGAUGACUCAGAAGGAGGGCGGAAGGAGUGGCACUCUCAACAUCUCGACGCACAUGCAGAAUCAGAUGCAGCGUCUGAUCGAAGGCCGCAAGCAGAAGCCUAAAGGCACAAGCUUGGCCCUCGAAGGUGCGCUUGGAAAAAUCUCGCUGACGUCCGUCAAGAACCCCAAGCAGCUCAUCCAAAUCCAGGAGCACAGUGUGCCCUCGUUUGCCCAUCUGUCGCAGAAGAAGGUUCUGAGAACUAUCGAAGAUGCCUAUGUGAUUGUUCUGAAUCUGGAGCAGCUCAAGAGAAAGCCGCCGGCCGAUGAUGAAGUCGAGAAAUGGAACCAAGACUUUGAUGAAAACUCAAAGCAGCUCUGGAGCCUCCUGGGUCUUUCCGAGCCCGUGGCUUACAACAUGCCCCACCCGCUGGCAUACUUCCUGUCGUAUCCAAAGGGCAAGCGCAUCUUCCCGCGAGUUACGCGGUUCCUGCUGCUUGACCAGAUGAUCGUGCUGUUUACCGCACUGCUCAGCCGCCUCGAGAGCCUGGAUGUCUGCAAUCUCCCAUGCACUGCCAACGGCGAGAAGCCUCACGAAGAAGUGGAGAUCUUCAUGACCAACUGCCUCCCUCCCCUCGUUGGCCUCGUCUCGGAGCUCCCGAUGCAUAUCCUCAAUAGCUGUAUGCGGCUGCUGCUUGAGCGCCACAACAUGGUCUGGCUGGCAAAGAGUAAAGUGGGUCUGGCCAUUCUGACCAUGUUCCUCAGUCGAGCCGAGAUUCUGAAGCAAGGAGGCGCCCAGCAAGGUGUUCCACACCCAACCGAGUCUGAUCUUGCUGUCUGGACGGACUACUAUAACUUCCUGUUUGGCUCCUUGCACACGCAUUUUGCCUCAAUCUUCCCCAAGACAGACCCGGCAUCAGCCCCUGUCCAGAGCAGCGUCGAGUCUGCCUCAACGGCCUCUCCGCAGGGCCGACAGACACCCGGCCAGUCCACAGCUUCCUCGGACGAAGUCUACUUGUGGCAAUUCCUGGCUGCCCUUGCGGUUGGGGCUACCACGGUUGAUCAUCAGAAGGUGCUGGUGUCCGAAGUCCGCGAGAAAGUGAUCGAGACUUCGAAGCGAAACGACAACCCCAAGGCCAUCGCCAAUGUCAACCUGUUCCUCAACGCGCUUGGUCUUGGCAUCGAUGCAGCCCAGUUGGCCGCCAUGCCCUGAGCUACAUGCUGACUGCAACGCCUCCAAUCCAUCCUGUUGAUGGUGCAAGCCCGACGUGGUCCGCAGGCCUCCGUACUGUUGUCAACCAUCUGGCGUCCCUCCCCCGCAGCCCGGGCUUGUCCUUUUCGUAUCGUAUGUUGCGGGGGGAGGUUUGUGACUUGGCCAAUACGAUCACACGUUUGCCUAUUGCCUUUGGCCGUCACUCUAGCUUGCCUGGCGCCCUCCUUCUCUGUCA